AUGAGUCGACACUUGAGCGAGUAUGAAAGUGCCUUUGCACAAGAGCGCUUUACAACACUACUUGAAGAGCACACGCUUGGUUACAUUGAUCCUUGGGAAUCAGUCCAGAUAGAGGUCGUUAAUAUCAACAAGCUUAAACAGAACUUCGACGGAGGAGCCCCGGUUACCAUUCCGACAUCCGUUGCACCAAGAUAUGAAACGCUCUCCUUGGAGGUUCAUGAGGUUCUGACUGAUGAGUCUGGUGUUAGUCAAUUUCAAGAGAAAGAAGGCCUGAACAUCGAAAUUAGCAAUAUCUCGAAUGUUGCGGUACGCAAGCUUGAAAGUUUUACUCCCCAUAUCUCGUCAGAAAUCGGAAGCUCCCACACAUUUAGCGAUUUUGCGACUCCUUUAGAGCCUUUGGGAUUCGACUCGAAGGAAGCACGGGUAACAUUCACAGACCACACGGCCGCGCUGGAAAAGGACUUCGUUCUCACCGUGAAGCUCGACGCCUCCACUUGUAUCCCAGGCAGUCCUGGAGGGUUCGCCGGAUCAGUGUAG